AUGACAUCCUAUUGUGGCUUUGAUUCUGGAUCAAGCUGGAGCUUUGGUGAUUCCUUUCAAAAAUCUGAUUGCUACUCAUCCUGUAAAGAUAUAGCAUCGUCGAUAUGCCUUGAUGUUUUGGGCAACGGAGUCUGUGAUCAAUAUUGCAGCAUCCCUGAGUGUGGCUAUGAUCUUGGAGAUUGCAGCUACUGUGGCAAUGAGUGUAAAUUGCAUUUAGGUCUAGAAAAUCAACUAAAUGGAAGUUGUAACCCAGCAUGUGAUGUUCCUUCUUGCUAUUACGCAGAAAACGUAUGCCGAGAAUGCUCUGUAGGGUGCAACUCAACAAUCUGAGGAGAUGGAAAUUGCAAUAGCGAAUGCAAAAAUGCUCAGUGCAAUUAUGAUAACGGAGACUGCUUAAGUCUUACUUGUGCUGAAAAUUGCUUUAUUUGGAUGAUAGGAAACUCAGAAUGCGACCAAGCUUGUAACAAUGAAAAAUGCGAAUAUGACAAAAACGACUGCGGAUGCACGCCAGAAUGCCCAAACAGGAUAUGAGGAGACGGGGUAUGCAAUGAAGAAUGCAAUAAUUUAGACUGUGGGUUUGAUAAAGGAGACUGUGGGCACUGCUCAAGUGGAUGCAGCAUCGCUAAACUUUCAAACCAAAAGUGUGAUCCUGAAUGCAAUACUGCCAAUUGUGAGUGAGACUAUGGAAUUUGUGGAUGCUCCAAGUUUUGCGCAGUCGAGGACUAUGGGAAGUGCAGUCCUGGGUGCUUAGUAGGGGAAUGCAAUUAUGAUCAAAUGAGCUCAGAUUCUGAAAAACGGUGCAAAAACCAGGAAUUGAUCUGGUUUACUGUUUACCAGCAGAUAAUUAGAAAUGAUACCAGCUCUAUUGUAAGUUUUGAUGAUUGCUGAGCAGCGUCUAGCUAUAAAUGUAAUCUCACUAUGGCUCUAGACAAAAAUGAAUGCCAUCCAGAAUGCUUUAUACCUGUUUGCAACUAUGGUCUUUGCCACACAAACUCAUUAUCAGAUUGUAAAAGCAAUCUCCCUGUCGAAGCCCACAAUAUCUGCAAUUCUUGCACUUUCUCCUCCGAAAUCUCAAACUCUUCUUGCAAUGGAUGCUUAAAUAGUUCACCAUCAAGCAAUAAUUUAAAUUUAUUUGGAUUGUCUUUUUGCUAUUCAAAUCCAGAAAUAAAAACAUUUCCUCAUUACGAUGUGGUAUACUUGUCCUCUCAGCAUUCCUCUGGUUUGUCUGGAAAUGGGACAAUUAAUAAUCCAUUUUUGAAUCUAGAAAUGUAUUUUUUGACUUCAAUGAGUUGUGAGCCAAAGAUAUUAGGGCUGAUAAAUGACGGAACUUAUAUAUGGUCUCAACCAUGGUCCUAUCCAUUUUGCAAUGUCAUCAUGUUUUCAUUGGAUGAGAGUAAGGUAACUAUAAGAACCUAUGGAUGAUAUACUACUGGAAUGGAGCUUGAACAAAAUGUUACAUUCGAAAAUAUUAUUUUCAAUGGUGCAGGAUUUAAUUAUGACUUCUGCACUGGCUUUGAAUAUUGCGAAUAUGUUUGAUACAGCAUUUUUAAUGAGAGCGAUGGCUACUAUUAUAGCGACAGAGGGGACCGAGUUUCUAAGUAUCGAUCACAGUAUAGAGAAGACUUUCCUGAUUUUAUAGGAAAUUCUAUGUUUAUAUGUUCAAGUUGUAUUCUUACUUUUAGGAAUGUAGAAAUAAAGAACUGAAGAUUCUAUGUGUCAGCUAUUAUUAAAGGAAAUGGAAAUCUGAGAUUGAUUAAUGUUAAUUUUGACAAUAUAUGAGUAAAUAAAGAAGCAACUGCAGUAAUUUCGCUGACUACGUCAAGCUCAAACAGCAACCCCACUUUUACCUAUAUUGGAGGACGUGUUUCAAGACUAAAUAAUGGGUAUGAAUUUGGAGAUCCUUGAGACUUUCGUGGAUUUUUGCAUAUAUCUGGCCCUUCUUCAGUUCGUGUAGAAAACGUAGAUUUUAUGUAUAAUUUAGCCUACAGGAAGCCUCAAAGCACUUUUUCAGAAGCUUCACUAAUAUAUCUUGAAUCGCCUGCUACUUUUAAAUUGUCUAACUGCACUUUUAUGUAUAAUUAUUAUGAAACUGGCUUAAUUCAGAUUUAUAUGUCUGUAUCAGCUAGCCAGUUUAAAGUCAAUGCAUCUGACUACAUAAAUUACUUUGAAUUAGAUCAUAUUAUAUUUGAAGGCUUAACAUUUAAAUCGAAUUUCGCAGAUUCCAGCUUCAUUUAUAUCCACUAUUUAAAUAAUCUUUUGAAUUUUGCACUUCAAGACACAACGUUUGAACUGAAUGGAGCUCUUGAAGGUCCUUUAAUUAAUUUAGAUAAUUCUAUAGUGCUGGAAGAGUACAAAAUAUGAACGACAAAAGAAAUCACAACUCAGGCUGGGAGGAUUUUCAACGCAACAAUUGCGCCAAGAUGAUGCAAGUUCAAAAAUCUGAAUUUCACAAAAAAUUACGCUCAAGGGAUGUUUAAAGCAGAAUAUAUGGCAAAUUUUUUAAUCAGUAAUGCCAUUUUUGAUGCUAACUGGUCUUCAGAUGAUAGCGAAAAUAUAAACACUUUGGUUCUUGAUUACUUCGUGAAAAGCGAUCACUUAUAUAUCAGGAAAGUAAAGGAAUCUCCAGAGUCAAUUGACUGCAAAUGGCUGGCUUCAAUUUCGAAUUCAUACAGUUUGGAUAUUUCAUUUAUUACAAUAACUAACAAUAUAUGUAGAACCUCUUCACCAACCUUUAGUAUUUUUGAGUCAGAUACCAAGGAAAUCACUUCAAUCAAUUGUGACUCAAACUACGGAGAGGGAGCUGCCCCAAUCUGUUUGCUGCUUACAGGGGCUUUUGAGAGAAAUUUAACAAAAUCAACAUUUUCCAACAACCAAAAUGCUUAUUUUUCAGGAAAUGGAGCCAUUCAAAUAAAAGACAGCCAAAGCAUGUCCAUCAUUAAUUGCACCUUCUUCAACAAUACUGGCAACAUUGGAGCUGCAGCUAGCUUUACAGGCAUGAACUUAUUAAUUGAUUCGUCAACAUUUGACUUGAAUUCUUCUCCAAGUGGCUACGGAGCAUCAAUCUAUGCUUUGUUUUCAGAAAGCUCAGAUCAGAAAUUGUUUAAGGUCUCUUCAAGUGCUUUUUCAAAUGGAUCUGGGCUGAAUGGAGGCGCCAUCUAUAUGGCACAAGUUUUGUCCCAAAAUUCUAUUGAAUUAAUAAUAUCUGAUUCGCUAUUUACUGGAAAUGCCGCUUCUUAUGGCUCUUCGAUUUAUUUAGAUAGAUCAAUUUCACUUGAUAGCUCUUCAAAUGUAAUUGAUUGCCUGUUCCUUGCUAGCCAAAUCGGGGUCUCUGGCUCUAUAUCUUUAUACAACUCUGGGACCUUAAAAUUUAAGGGCUGUAAAUUUUCCAAAAAUGUAGGCCCAAAAGGGGUGGUAUUUUACGUAAAUUUCAGAAGUUCUCUGAAUUCAAAGCUUAUUGUCGAGUCCUGCACAUUUGAAAGUAACCGAGGAGAUUCAAUUGUCUUUUCUGGCAACCCAAGCAGUUCAAUACAAAUUGUGACUCAAUUUUGCACUUUUGAAUAUAAUACUGGAAGCGUGUUUUAUAUAAUUUUUAACUCACUGGCCGAUACAGGUUCGAUUUUUCGCCAUAACUCUGCUGAUUCUUCUUGCAUUCACUUUCAAAACUCUGCGAGUCUUGAAUUAGCCUCAACUUUGUUUUUAAAUAAUACAAGCAGUUCAAUGGGAGGAGCAAUAUCUCUCAGAUCAAAAUCUUCUCUUAAUUGCAGCUUUUGUACUUUUACAGAAAAUUUAGCCCAAAAUGGCUUUGGAGGUGCUUUGUAUGCAGAGGAGGACUCUUUCUUGAAUAUUUCAAAUUCAAUUUUUUCGAAAAAUGUCGGCGGAAAUGAUGGAGAUGCCAUUUAUAUAUUUAAUGCCAAAAACUUAACAAUUAGUUCAAGUGAAUUUUUUGAUCAUCUUUCCAAAGGAAGUGUCAUUUACUUGAUGAGCUCAGACUUAGAAAUUUCAUCUUCUCGUAUAUAUAAAAACAAAUCUCCUGGUAUUAAACUCAGUAUGUCAACUAUCAAAAUAGAGAAUUCUGAGAUUACUGACCAGGUAUGCACUUUGGGCUGCUCAGUUUCUGCAACUUUGGAAAGUCAGGUGUAUAUUAUAAAUUCUCAAUUGCGUCAUAGUAAUUCAACUAAAGGAGGAGGAGCUAUAUAUUCAAGUCAGAGUGAUAUUUACCUUCAAUCUUCUUCAUUUAGCCAGCUCAUUUCUGACUCUGGAGCCUCCAUCUAUGCAACGUACGAAAGCAAUUUAGAAAUUAAAGACUGUCAGUUUCUAGACAUAAGCUCCUCUUUAGAUGGGAUCAUCUAUGCAUAUCAAGCCACAAUCUUAAUAGAAAAUUCCCAUUUUAAUCGCUUUACAGGUUCUGGCCUAUAUGGGAGCCUGCUAGCAAGCCUAGAAAUAAAAGACUCCAUUUUCACAGGAGGAAAUGGGACUCUGGGAGCAUCUAUUUACUGCUUAAAUUGCGAGUCAAUUAACCUUGAAGAUUGCUCCUUUACUGAGAAUUAUGCAGAGUCUUUAGGUGGGGCAUUAUACAUAACAACAGACAAUGGAAAUGCGAAAAAAAGCAGUUGCGAAAUAAGCAACUGCUUAUUUGAACGUAAUAUUGGAGGAGCAGGAGGGGCUAUCUAUGCAAAGGAUAUCGCUUUACUGAUUACUUCAUCUCAAUUUGCGAGCAAUAAAGCUGAUUUUUUAGGCUUAGAAACGAAAAACUAUGGGCAGGCUGGAGGUGUUUAUAUGAGCUGUUCAAAUGCAAAUUAUUGCGAUUUUAAAUUAAAAUCUUGCAACUUUACCAAAAAUUCAGCCAGUCUUAAUGGAGGCGGCAUAUACUUUGACAAUGAAGAGCCUGGCUUAAAGAAUAACAUCUUCAAAGACAAUUCUGCAAUCUAUGGGAAUGAUGUGGCUUCAUACCCAGUCAAACUGAUGGUAGUCAAUGAGGAUGGAACACUAGCUGAAAAUUUCAAUGGAAGGGCUUUAAGUCAAAUUCCCAUCUCAACCUUUAAUUUAACAGACGUGGCCUCAGGCCAAAAAAGUUCUAAACCUCUACUUAUUGCUUUGGUAGAUACUUUCGACCAAAUUGUAAGUUCUGAUCAUGUGAGCACCGGAGAAAUAAGACCAAUCUCUUCAGCUAUAGUUGACGGAACUAUAAGAGUAACUGCAGUGAACGGGAUUUUCAACUUUUCGUCAUAUACAAUUUCAGCAGAGCCAGAAACAGAUGUUCAAAUUAAAGUGUUUUCGCCAAAUAUCGAUAUUUCGAAAGCACUAAUCUCAGGCAGCUCAUCAAGUCAGUCUUUAUACAUCAACGCUAAAAUGAGAAGCUGCAGGACUGGCGAAGUUAAGAAUGGGAAACUAUGCAAAGUUUGUCCUGAGGGCUAUUACAGCUUGGGGACAAACUUAACCUCAUGCUUGGCUUGUCCUGAUGUAGCUGUGUGCUAUGGGAGCUAUAGAAUGUCUCCAAAGCCUGGAUAUUGAAGAGAUAACCCAUACACAGAUCAGUUCUGGAAAUGCCCCAAUCCUUCUGCUUGCCUUGGAUCCCCUGAUGCAGAUAAUGUCUCCUAUACUGGGGUUUGCAGUAAAGGCUACAAAGGAAACAAAUGCCAAUCCUGCCAAGAAAAUUAUUCUAGAUCAUUAAGCAGCAAGUGCAAAGAAUGCCCGUCCUUAGCAUUAAAUAUCUUCAUAAUAAUUGCCAUUUUUUGCUUGUUCAUCAUUGUAGCGUUCUUGCUAGUGAGAUCCAUCAUCAAAUCAGCUUUAAAACCCGCAGCUCUAGUGCCAGUAUACCUGAAAAUCUUUUUGAAUUACAUACAGUUGGUAAAUAUUGCUUCCACUUUUGACUUGAGCUGGCCCUCAGAAGUGAUAUAAUGUAUUGGUAAUAUUUUACUUUGCUUAUUUAUGGUAAAUUGAUUUUAAAAUGUCAAAAAAAAUUUGACAUGCCAUUAUAUAUAAAACUGAGUCUAUGGUAUGUUAAAAUUUUUUUUUGGCAUUUUAAAAUCAAUUUACCAUAAAUAAGCAAAAUGAAAUUUAUGCAAGGGAUUAUAGAACUAUUUUACGUCCAAAAUGGAGUAGACUAUGUUUAUCAGCAGAUCUAUUCCUUUGAGUGUCUUUUGAAAGAAGAUCACGGAAGCGAUAGCUACUUCAAGACGUUGGUAAUUAUCGCAGCAUUUCCAGCAAUUGCUUUUUUCAUAGCCUUCAUUAUAUGAAUUUUGAUUAAAGCCAUUCAACAAUCAUAUAAAAACUUUUGAGAUGAUUUUAUAUCGACCUGCAUCAUUAUUUUGUUCCUCAUAUACCCAACAGUUGUAAAAAAAUUGCUUGGGUCUCUUAACUGCACAGAAAUCAACUCUGGAGAAUUUUGGCUUAAGGAAGAUCUUGACAUACGAUGCUGGGAGGAAAGGCAUAUCUUUUAUAUUUUAGCUGUUACCAUCCCUGCUUUAAUUGUAUGGGGAAUUUUUUUCCCUGUAAUAUGUCUAAUAAGUAUUGUUAGACAGAGAAAAAUGCUGGAGAAUGUCAAUGUCAGGCUAAGAUAUGGGUUUCUCUUUACUCCCCCCCCCUCCGUGAGCGAACAAAACCAUUAGAAAAAUCGCCAUUUUUUGACCAAAAACCCACCCUCCGUGAGUGAACAAAAAUUUUUUUAAUAGAAAAAAUUUUAAUGGAAAAAAAUUUGAUAUAUAAGUGAUAAUUAGUAUAAUGAAAUCUAGAGCUAAUUCUGUUUAAUUUUAAACAAAUUGCGUUUUAAAACAUAAAUUUUGCAAAUUAAAUUAAUAUUUGCUUCCCAAUUUUUGCAAAUUAGGAUUUUUUUAAAUUUCGAAAAAAAUAUUUUUUAUAAAAUUUUUAUAUAUAAAUGUUUUUUAAAAAAAAAAAUUAACCCCCCUCCGUGAGCGAACAAAAUUUUUUUGUUCGCUCACGGAGGGGGGGGGGGGAGUUAGUGGAUUUAAGCCAAAGCAAUAUUUUUGGGAGUUUAUUAUUUUAUAUAGCAAGCUUCUCUUGGUUUGCUGCUCAGUUUUUAUGACGGUUAUAAAUAUAAAAAUUCAGGCACUCAUUGCUGCAGCCUUAUUGUCAUUAUUUUGGCAUCUCCAAUUUGGAAACAAGCCUUAUAUUGAAGAUAACUUAAAUAAUACAGAGCUAGUCGCAAAAACAGUAUGCGUAAUCACAAUUUACAGUGGCUUAUUUUAUUUGACUGGCUCUUUGGGGAAUACUGCGAAAAUCAUUUUAUUUAUUUUUAUAUUUAUCACAAAUAUAUACUUUGUGGCUUAUUGAUUCUUCAAGUUAUUUAAAUUUAGCAUCCCAAUUAUAAUUAAAAAGAUAAAGAAGUUAUUUAAAGGCACUAAGGUCGUGCCUAUUUCAAAUUCUGAAGUUCUUAGUCAGCCAGAAACUUUGAAAAAUGCCACUAGAAAUCAAAAUUUUUCGAUUUCUUCAAUUGAAAGCUUGCAGCUUAAGACCAUAGAUGUUUAUUUUGGAAGAGAUCCUGAAAGCUUGCCAGAAAAUUUUGAUCAAGAAAAACCUUUUAAAAGCGCUUUGACUCCCGGCCAAAGCCAUGAAGAACUUGGUGAUUUCUAA